AUGAAUACGAGCCCAGAGUCUCCUCAUUUCGAAUUAAGAUUACAACGGAACCCUCGCUGUAAUUUCCUUAAUGGCCAGCAGGAAGAUAUCAAGAUGCGGAUAUCUGUUCGUCGCACCGGGCUGGGACUUCUCCAAUCCGCUCUACAGAACAAAGCGGGGGGCCGAGCUCCGGCGCCGAGGAGUGUCGAAAAAGAUUCGUUUAAAGUCCGAAUGAAUUUUGGCAAUAUUAAUCAAGGUGCCAGAUAA